AUGCUCCAUGUUUUUGACAAGCUCCCAGGAUUUAAAGAGAUCAGUGUUUUGGGAAUCAGGUAAGUCUGUGGCAGACAGGAGUAAUUACAUCUGGUGCCUUCGAGCUUAUUUCUAACAUUUUGGUGAGCAAAUUAAAAAAGCAAUAGAUUAGGUGAGGCAGAUGAAAGCCAGGUGAAAGCUGGUAGCCCUGCCAGUAGCGAUAAAGCACAGCCUCUGACUGCGUUGAGAAAUUCCUCUGAGACUCAAUUUAUUUAAUCGGACCUUAACUACAUGUUGAUUUGGAAUGGACACUGGAUUCAUUUGAAUACAUAACAAGCUCAUUCCCACCUAGCUGAAAUACAGUCAAAUGCAGAAACAGAAAAUAUUUUAGUGCCAUCCAAGCCAUUCUGUCAUGCUACAGGUUGUGUUCUUGGCUAUGCUGACUGUAAUAAGAACCUGAUACUUUAGUCAUUAGUGUUAACCACAUGCAUGCCAAAAAUACAUAUUUCCUUUCCUGUGUGUUCAUAUUGAAGAUCAUUAUAUCUUUACAUUCAAAUACAAAAAUGUCACGAGUGAAAAGCACAUGUUUGUGAUGACACCCGACCAGCAAUGGAGGAUGUUUUAUUUCCUUUGUAGAUGACAAAUCAUUAUAUCACAUACUAAUGGCCUCUUUUCUUCCCCUCUCCAAAUCUUAGCGAGACCCAUGAGAGUGAUGGGUAAUUUAAUUACUGUGAUGAGAGCCAUCUUGAGUGGUAGCUGCAGUUUCCCUCUGUGUGUCUGUGCUUGUCCCUGCCAGUCUGCUGCUCUGCUCAGUGUGUAUCUGGAUCUAACACAGGGCCCAGGGAGAGAGGGAUCAGAUAACCUAAGGGUAAAUCCAUUUGAAUUCAAUCACUUUUUGACAGCAUCCCUUUUGAUUUAAACAAAACUUUCUAUACAUGUUUGUCCAUGGAAGAAGUGGUCAGAAAGUGGCUUUUUGGACCUGAAUAUCAAAACAUUCAGGAGAUAAAGGUGCUCAAAGUUUACCCCUUUUGCAUACCCCAGGAUACCAUGAGACAUCCAUGUCUUCAUCACUGGAAAAUAUAUCCUACGGUUGAGUAAAAAAUAAAAAUAAAAACAUGAAUUAUUUAAAAACGCAAAAACUCCGAUUUUUUGCAUAUUUGCAUAUGUUGUAGUUUAGACCCUACUUUACAUCAUCUGAGGUUUUUGUGUUGUUCACGCCAUUGGUUGAGACACAACAUGCUCUUAAAUACAGGGUGGGUGUCAUUUCAAUCAUAUAAAUAAAUAAUGAAUAGAAUGGACCUAUCUAUCUCUUCAGACCACUGCAUUUUAGCUGGUACACCUUUGACAUUUAAAUUGAAUUGAAAUGUUAACUUCUAAUUACAGCCACAAAGAUGGCCCCCAUCGAAUGUCAACUUAAAUGGUCAUGUCUAUUUUAUGAUCUAUAUUUCAAUGAUUUCAAUAGGUUUCCUAUGGAGGAUUGAGAGUAUAAUUUAAAACAACAGAUAUUCCCAUUCAAGUCAACCUUCUCUGAUGUGUGUGGACCUCCAACCAUCUUUGUGGUACCAUUUGAAAGUUGAAAUUUCAAUUUUAUUCCCAUUUCAGUACAUUUAUUAGCCAAAACAUGACACCCACCAUGGAUUCAAGAGCAUGUUGUGUCUCAACCGAUGGUGGGCACAACACAAAAACCUCAGAUGAUGUAAAAUAGGGUCUAAGCUACAACAUAUGCGAAUAUGAAAACAAUUGUUGAAGCGUUUAGAUCAGCUUUAACAUUGCAGAUAGAUUGUGACUUCUAUGUAUGUAAUCGUCUACAUAAUUUCCAAUCCCCCAUAUAUAUUUUAGAUAAUUGAUGUUUAAGCUAAAAAAAAAAGACAUUUAUACAAAUAAAUAAAAAUAAAUACAUAAAUAAUACAAUGGUUUGACAACCCUAUUUGUGAGCUUUCUAAUGAUGUCAACCUCAACCAUUUAUAUUUUCCAGUGAUGAAGACAUGAAUGUCUCAUGGUAUGGUGAGGUAUGCAAAAUGGGUCGACUUUGAGCAUCUUUAUCGCUUGAAUGUUUUGGCAUUCAGGUCCAAAAAGUCACUUUCUGAGCACUUCUACAAAGCGCAAAUAUGGAUGGAAGGUUUCGUUCAAAUCAAAAGGGCUGCUUUAAAAAAGUGAUUGAAUUCAAAUGAAUUUACCCGUAAACAAACAGCAACUCGGCAAUAGAGAGUAAUAGAUUAAUAGAGAGUAAUGGCGUCUUUUUGUAGGCACUAACUCUGCCAUGGUUCGUUGAACAAAGCGUAUGUCAAAAUUGAGUUUUUGUAGUUUUUUUUUAUAAAGGCCGAAAAAGAAGGUCUGUGGUAAACAGGCUUAGGAGAUCAUAUACGUUUUGUUCUAUGCUAUAAUCUUCAUCAGCUAACAUCACUUUUUGUGAAUUUUGAAGCAUAAAAAAAAAGGCUUCAUAAUUCAUAAAGGUCAUGUUAACUGACUGAUAUUAUCUCAUAGAACAAAACAUAUAUGAUCUCAUAAGCCUGUGUUAAACUCAGACCUGAUUUUCCCCAUUCAUUUAACCCAUAGGAAUGGCUGAACAAACCAGAGGUAAAUCAUUUCUGGUUUUUAGGACUACAAGCUGGCGAGCUCUAUUACUCGGCUGUUUGUGCACUGCAGCCAUGAUGGGUCAAUACAUCAACCAGGGACACUGUUGAGAAAUGAGUAACAAAAUCAGCUGAAACUGGGACUCAUGUUUUUCCCCUUCUGUGCCAAAAUCCCGAAGUAUCCCUUUAGGGUUAACAAGGUUUUCAUAGACUUCUUCAUCUUAGGAUGGAAGGCAAGUAGUAGAGCAAUGCAAAGCCCUGUGUGAAUAGAUUAAUUGCUGAGUUCCUCCCUUCCCUAAUUUGCGGGCCCUGUGGUGGCCAAUGCUGUCACAAGCAAUAACAUCCAUGCCAGUUAGUGGCUCAAGCCCGCUUCACUAAUUUGAUAAAGGAUACACAACUCAUUCGACCUUCGCAUCUUCAGUAUUCACAAAAACAAAAAGGAAAGAAAUGGAUGUAUCAACGUUGAUGUAUCAUUACCAUUUCAAUCAAAAUCCCAUUGAACUAAUCUGUUUACCCUCCGGCUUCUGCAUUGACAGAGCUGAAUAUUGAUACAUUUUUGAUAGUGUCAUUAAAAUCUGCAAGAAAAAAGGGGUGGAUUUCCAUGCUCUGCAUUUCAAGUAUACUACUUUUCAAUUGAUCUCGUAUCUUGACUCUCCAAUUCUUAAACCUGCCAGGGGAAUGCUGUGUUUUUAGUUUAUUUAGUUAAUUGCUUAAAGUGUAUAUAGAUCUGUAUAAUUCAGUAAUCACCAACUACUCUUAUUUUCUCUCAUACAAUAUAUUCUUCUUUUUCAGACCUGGAGGAGUGACAGUGCACUAUUCUCUGGUCUUUCAGACAAUUUCAGAGGAUGACACAGGGACUCCAGCGUCAGCUGUGCCCAGCCUGCGGGAAAUGGUGGCCAAGGCUUUGAGUGAAGAGGCCUCUCUGCCAGUGGAUCUACAGUCAUUAAACUUUGAACCAGGUAGCCAAAUCACUGUGAAUAAGCUAUGUUAUAUUUGUGAAAUACUUGUUUUGCAUUGUUUUUGUACGUCUUUCCACAGUAAAAGUGAUUCCACCAACUACAACACCUGUUGAGGAAGCUGUUGAGGAAGUGAUUGAAGAUGUAAGUACUGGCUUAUUAAUCUAGACUACCUAUGGUAAAAUACCAAACUUUGCAUCAACACGCUUUUUUUUGUCUUUUUUAUCAACAGUCCAGUGAGCCAGCUUUCCACAACGAUCUGGAAAUAUUCACAGAUGAGCCAGAGAUUGCUGUGGAGAAGCCUCGUCUGGAUGUUCCACUUGGCACUGUGGAAAAGGAAAAUUCUCUUGUCACCCUCCUGGACUCUACAGAUAUUCCAGAAGAAGAAGAAGGAGCAUCACCAGAGAGAGGUGAUGUGCCCUACAUCUACAAGGAUACUAGUGAUGAAUUAGUGUACAUUGCUGAGAGUGAGUCUGAAGCAACAACUGAACCAGAGGAAGAGGUGCCAUUUAUCACACACAUGAUUGAAACCAUUCAUGCCAUUGAUGAGGGAACUGGUGAGCUUGUAAGAUACUAUUUCCCAACGCCUCCUGCUGAGGGAUACCCUGAGCCACCUUUUGGUAAUUUAGUCCCUACUAAUGGGUACCCUGUUUUACCCCAUGAGGAUUUGGAUAUUACCUCCGCUCCUGAAAUAGAAAGUAUAGAAACUGAUACGCCAGCUGAACUGUUUCCUAACUUGAUAUCAGAGGAGGAGGCUGUUGUUGAGAAGGAGACUGAGCCUACUCCAACCACUCAGAUUCUGCUCACCACAGCCACAGCCAUUGAGGAAGAGGUAUCUGACCCUGGAUUACCUGUGACGACUCUCUCAGCCAUCACAGAUCAGCAUGCCACUGAAGCAAUAGAGGACCUUGAAGUUGAAGAGGAUUUUAACCUUCUUCCGAUUGAAGAGGUUGAGGAACCAGAACCUGAAAAAGACGUAGUUGUGGAACCAGAACCUGAGGAAGAGGUAUUUGAGGAACCAGAGCCUGAGGAAGAAGUAACUGAGGAACCAGAACCUGAAGAAGAGGUAGUUGAAGAACCAGAGCCUGAGGAAGAGGUAGUUGAGGAACCAGAUCCCAAGGAAGACAUAGUUGAGGAACCAGAACCUGAGGAAGAGGUGGAUGAGGUCUUGGUAGUUGAGGUCUCGGAACCUGAGGAAGAGGUAUCUGAGGAACCAGAACCUGGGGAAAAGGUAGAUGAGGUCUCGGAACCUGAGGAAGAGGUAGUUGAGGUCUUGGAACCUGAGGAAGAAGUAGUUGAACCAGAACCUGAGGAAGCAGUACUUGAGGAACUACAAACUGAGGAAGAGGUAGUUGAGGUCUCGGAACCUGAGAAAGAGGUAGUUGAGGAAAUAGAACCUGAGGAAGAGGUAGUUGGGGAACCAGAGCCUGAGGAAGAGGUAGUUAAGCUCGCGGAACCUGAGAAAGAGGUAGUUGAGGAAAUAGAACCUGAGGAAGAGGUAGUUGGGGAACCAGAGCCUGGGGAAGAGGUAGUUGAGGAACCAGAACCUGAGGAAGAGGUAGUUGAGGAACAAGAACCUGAGGAAGCGGUAGUUGAGGAACUAGAACCUCAGGAAGAGGUAGUUGAGGAACCAAAGCCUGAGGAAGAGGUAGUUGAGGAACCAGAACCUGAGGAAGAGGUAGUUGAAGAACCAGAACCUGAGGAAGAGGUAGUUGAGGAACCAGAGCCUGAGGAAGAGGUAGUUGAGGAAUCAGAACCUGAGGAAGAGGUAGUUAAGCUCGCGGAACCUGAGAAAGAGGUAGUUGAGGAAAUAGAACCUGAGGAAGAGGUAGUUGGGGAACCAGAGCCUGGGGAAGAGGUAGUUGAGGAACCAGAACCUGAGGAAGAGGUAGUUGAGGAACAAGAACCUGAGGAAGCGGUAGUUGAGGAACUAGAACCUCAGGAAGAGGUAGUUGAGGAACCAAAGCCUGAGGAAGAGGUAGUUGAGGAACCAGAACCUGAGGAAGAGGUAGUUAAGCUCGCGGAACCUGAGAAAGAGGUAGUUGAGGAAAUAGAACCUGAGGAAGAGGUAGUUGGGGAACCAGAACCUGAGGAAGAGGUAGUUGAGGAACAAGAACCUGAGGAAGCGGUAGUUGAGGAACUAGAACCUCAGGAAGAGGUAGUUGAGGAACCAAAGCCUGAGGAAGAGGUAGUUGAGGAACCAGAACCUGAGGAAGAGGUAGUUAAGCUCGCGGAACCUGAGAAAGAGGUAGUUGAGGAAAUAGAACCUGAGGAAGAGGUAGUUGGGGAACCAGAGCCUGGGGAAGAGGUAGUUGAGGAACCAGAACCUGAGGAAGAGGUAGUUGAGGAACAAGAACCUGAGGAAGCGGUAGUUGAGGAACUAGAACCUCAGGAAGAGGUAGUUGAGGAACCAAAGCCUGAGGAAGAGGUAGUUGAGGAACCAGAACCUGAGGAAGAGGUAGUUGAAGAACCAGAACCUGAGGAAGAGGUAGUUGAGGAACCAGAGCCUGAGGAAGAGGUAGUUGAGAAAUCAGAAUCUGAGGAAGAGGUAGUUGAGGAACCAGAGCCCAAGGAAGACAUAGUUGAGGAACCAGAACCUAAGGAAGAGGUGGAUGAGGUCUUGGUAGUUGAGACCUCGGAACCUGAGGAAGAGGUAGCUGAGGAACCAGAACCUGGGGAAAAGGUAGAUGAGGUCUCGGAACCUGAGGAAGAGGUAGUUGAGGAACCAAAAGCUGAGGAAGAGGUACUUGAGGAACUACAAACUGAGGAAGAGGUAGUUGAGGUCUCGGAACCUGAGAAAGGGGUACUUGAGGAACCAGAGCCUGAGGAAGAGGUAGUUAAGGAACCAGAGCCUGAGGAAGAGGUAGUUAAGGAACCCGAGCCUGAGGAAGAGGUAGUUGAGGAACCAGAACCUGAGGAAGAGGUAGUUGAGGAACCAGAACUUGAGGAAGAGGUAGUUGAGCUCUCGGAACCUGCGAAAGAGGUACUUGAGGAAAUAGAACCUGAGGAAGAGGUAGUUGAGGAACCAGAGGAAGAGGUAGUUGAGCUCUCGGAACCUGAGGAAGAGGUAGUUGAUGAACUAGAACCUGAGGAAGCGGUACUUGAGGAACCAGACCCUGAGGAAGAGGUAGUUGAGGAACCAGAACCUGAGGAAGAGGUAGUUGAGGAACUAGAACCUGAGGAAGAGGUAGUUGAGGAACCAGAACCUGAGGAAGAGGUAGUUGAGGAACUAGAACCUGAGGAAGAGGUAGUUGAGGAACUAGAACCUGAGGAAGCGGUAGUUGAGGAACCAGAGCCUGAGGAAGAGGUAGUUGAGGAACUAGAACCUGAGGAAAAGGUAGUUGAGGAGCCUGAGGUAGAGGUAGUUGAGGAACCAGAGCCUGAGGAAGACAUAGUUGAGGAACCAGAACCUGAGGAAGAGGUAGUUGAGGAACCAGAGGAAGAGGUAGUUGAGCUCUCGGAACCUGAGGAAGAGGUAGUUGAUGAAAAAGAACCUGAGGAAGCGGUACUUGAGGAACCAGACCCUGAGGUAGAGGUAGUUGAGGAACCAGAACCUGAGGAAGAGGUAGUUGAGGAACUAGAACCUGAGGAAGAGGUAGUUGAGGAACCAGAACCUGAGGAAGAGGUAGUUGAGGAACUAGAACCUGAGGAAGAGGUAGUUGAGGAACUAGAACCUGAGGAAGCGGUAGUUGAGGAACCAGAGCCUGAGGAAGAGGUAGUUGAGGAACUAGAACCUGAGGAAAAGGUAGUUGAGGAGCCUGAGGUAGAGGUAGUUGAGGAACCAGAGCCUGAGGAAGACAUAGUUGAGGAACCAGAACCUGAGGAAGAGGUAGUUGAGGAACCAGAACCUGAGGAAGAGGUAGUUGAGGAACCAGAACCUGAGGAAGAGGUAGUUGAGGAACCAGAGCCUGAGGAAGAGGUAGUUGAGGAACCAGAACCUGAGGAAGAGGUAGUUGAGGAACUAGAACCUGAGGAAGAGGUAGUUGAGGAACUAGAGCCUGUGGUAGAGGUAGUUGAGGAACCAGAGACUGAGGAAGAGGUAGUUGAAGAACUGGAGCCUGAGGAAGAUAUUAGUGAGCCACCAGCUGAAGAAAUUAAAAUCAUCCAACCUGUGGAUUCUUUAGAGGACACUCUAUUUGGAGAGAAAACUGAUCCUGUUGAAGAGGACAAUAUUGUGCCAAUAGCAGACCAGUCACCUGAGGAGGACAUGGAGGAACUGUUGCCUGAAUACCCUGGGUAUGUGGACAUCUAUCCUGAGGAAGCUGUUGAUACUCUGGAAGAAACAGGUGAGUAAUGCAGGUUAUAAAGGCUGUUCUAGUCCAGUAAAGAACAGACAACAUGCAUAAUUAAACAUUUAAAGCAAUGCAUUUCGUCGAUAGAGGCGGGCAGUUGCAUUACAGCUAAUAAUUACAGUCCGGCCCAGGAAUGAGAUAUAUUAAUGGUCUAUAUUUGGACUGAGUGCUGUGCUGCCUGCUGAUGAAUGUUUUGUUAAAUAGAUCAGACAAAUAUUCACUGCAUGGCCCCGGCAGAAAUGAAGGGCUCGUCUGGAACGGUUUCAUUCCUGCAGUCAUAUAGGGAAUGAAGCUACACAUUCAGUAUAAAGCAGGAUAAUGUACAGUGAGGGAAAAAAGUAUUUGAUCCCCUGCUGAUUUUGUACGUUUGCCCACUGACAAAGACAUGAUUAGUCUAUAAUUUUAAUGGUAGGUUUAUUUGAGCAGUGAGAGACAGAAUAACAACAAAAUAUCCAGAAAAACGCAUGUCAAAAAUGUUAUAAAUUGAUUUGCAUUUUAAUGAGGGAAAUAAGUAUUUGACCCCUCUGCAAAACAUGACUUAGUACUUGGUGGCAAAACCCUUGUUGGCAAUCACAGAGAUCAGACGUUUCUUGUAGUUGGCCACCAGAUUUGCACACAUCUCAGGAGGGAUUUUGUCCCACUCCUCUUUGCAGAUCUUCUCCAAGUCAUUAAGGUUUUGAGGCUGACCUUUGGCAACUCGAACCUUCAGCUCCCUCCACAGAUUUUCUAUGGGAAUAAGGUCUGGAGACUGGCUAGGCCACUCCAGGACCUUAAUGUGCUUCUUCUUGAGCCACUCCUUUGUUGCCUUGGCCAUGUGUUUUGGGUCAUUGUCAUGCUGGAAUACCCAUCCACGACCCAUUUUCAAUGCCCUGGCUGAGGGAUGGAGGUUCUCACCCAAGAUUUGACGGUACAUGGCCCCGUCCAUCGUCCCUUUGAUGCGGUGAAGUUGUCCUGUCCCCAUAGCAGAAAAACACCCCCAAAGCAUAAUGUUUCCACCUCCAUGUUUGACGGUGGGGAUGGUGUUCUUGGGGUCAUAGGCAGCAUUCCUCCUCCUCCUCCUCCACGGCGAGUUGAGUUGAUGCCAAAGAGCUUCAUUUUGGUCUCAUCUGACCACAACACUUUCACCCAGUUCUCCUCUGAAUCAUUCAGAUGUUCAUUGGCAAACUUCAGACGGGCCUGUAUAUGUGCUUUCUUGAGCAGGGGGACCUUGCGGGUGCUGCAGGAUUUCAGUCUUUCACGGCGUAGUGUGUUACCAAUUGUUUUCUUGGUGACUAUGGUCCCAGCUGCCUUGAGAUCAUUGACAAGAUCCUCCCGUGUAGUUCUGGGCUGAUUCCUCACCGUUCUCAUGAUCAUUGCAACUCCACGAGGUGAGAUCCUGCAUGGAGCCCCAGGCCGAAAAAGAUUGACAGUUCUUUCGUGUUUCUUCCAUUUGCGAAUAAUCGCACCAACUGUUGUCACCUUCUCACCAAGCUGCUUGGCGAUGGUCUUGUAGCCCAUUCCAGCCUUGUGUAGGUCUACAAUCUUGUCCCUGACAUCCUUGGAGAGCUCUUUGGUCUUGGCCAUGGUGGAGAGUUUGGAAUCUGAUUGAUUGAUUGCUUCUGUGGACAGGUGUCUUUUAUACAGGUAACAAACUGAGAUUAGGAGCACUCCCUUUAAGAGUGUGUUCCUAAUCUCAGCUCGUUACCUGUAUAAAAGACACCUGGGAGCCAGAAAUCGUUCUGAUUGAGAGGGGGUCAAAUACUUUAAAUGCUUUACAUUAAAAUGUAAAUCAAUUUAUAACAUUUUUGACAUGCAUAUUUAUGGAUUUUUUUGUUGUUAUUCUGUCUCUCACUGUUCAAAUAAAAAUACCAUUAAAAUUAUAGACUGAUCAUUUCUUUGUCAGUGGGCAAACGUACAAAAUCAGCAGAGGAUCAAAUACUUUUUUCCCUCACUGUAUUAUGUAUUGGACAGCUGGCAGGCAUUUGCAGUAUGGGUAAAACACACUUGUGAUGGUUAGUGACUUAUUGAAAUAUCCUCUCCAAUUACAAAGAUGACACACCAGAGGUCAGUGAAGUGGAAGAGGCUGCAUUGCCAGAGGAGAGUGAAGAGGAGAUAGCAGUGACAGCCGAACCCAUCCCAGACUAUACACCAACACCACCUGCAGAAUCUGACACUGUGCCUGUGGUAGAUGUAACAGAGUCACCUUCAAAGUUAGAGCAUAUGGAGGAGGAUACUGAGGAGCCUGAGGUGGUUGUUAUCGAUGAAGAAGCUGAAGAGGAGGUCGUAGAGGUCUCGGAACCUGAGGACGAGCGUGUGCAAGACAUUGCAGACGAACUUGACCAAAUGGACCUGUUGAGCACAGAGCCCAUUGACCUUCCAGAGGCCAGUGGAUACCCACUGGCUCCUGAGGAGCACCCCUUCGAGACCACAGCGUCUCCACCACUGAGAUACCUGACCACGCCCUCCAUGACCACGGCCAGUAAGGGCAGGGAGCUGGUGGUGUUCUUCAGUCUACGGGUCACCAACAUGAGGUUCUCAGAUGACCUCUUCAACAAGAGCUCUUCAGAAUACAGAUCCCUCGAGAACACCUUUAUGGAACUGGUGAGUGAAAAUGAAAUAUGUUCAUAAAGGGGGGAAUUCCAACCUGGGUUAAGUGCAUGUAAAUGGAACAUAAUCCCCUUAUUUCUCUCUACACGUAUUCUGACCUUGAACUUAAGCAUGAGAAUAGUAUGCUUUUCAUCCGCUAGUCAUUUGGGGUGGAGAUCAAAGAAAUGAAGGUGUGGAGGAAGUGUGUCUACAGAUACGCUGUAUUCUUUAUGCGCAAUGAAACAAUGAAUAAGGUCGAGCAACCUGUCUGUUCCAAGUAGAACAACAUCUAUAAUUGUUUCAAUAGAAAUAACACCAUUCUCCAUGCACUGUAAUUUACAAAUGGAAAAGCACUAUCAAUGAGAGCUAGGUAAAUUAGUAAACUGUUUGGAUAAGGGGAUUGUAAAUAAAUCCAAAAUCUAAUCAAAAUCGAAGUUUUUUUUACAUGCACCGAAUACAACAGGUGUAAUCUUACAGUGAAAUGCUUUCUUACAAGCCGUUAACCAACAAUGCAGUUUUAAGAAAAAUAAGUGUUAGGUAAACAAUAGAUAAGUAAAAAAUAUAAACAGCAGUAAAAUAACAGUAAAAUAACAGUAGCGAGGCUAUAUACAGAAGGUACCGGUACAGAGUCAAUGUGCUGGGGCACCGGUUAGUCGAGGUAAUUGAGGUAAUAUGUACAUAUGUUGGUAGAGUUAAAGUAACUAUGGAUAGAUAAUAAACAGAGAGUAGCAGGAGUGUAAAAGAGGGGGUGUGGGGGGGGGGGGGGGGGGGGACACAAUGCAAAUAGUCCGGGUUGCCAUUUCAUUAGCGGUUCAGGAGUCUUAUGGCUUGUGGGUAGAAGCUGUUAAGAAUCCUUUUGGACCUAGACUUGGCGCUCCGGUACCGCUUGCCGUGCGGUAGCAGAAAGAACAGUCUAUGACUAGGGUGGCUGGAGUCUUUGACAAUUUUUAGGGCAUUCCUCUGACACCGCCUGGUAUAGAGGUCCUGAAUGGCAGGAAGCUUGGCCCCAGUGAUGUACUGGGCUGUACGCACUACCCUCUGUAGUGAAUAAAUGACAAUUGUUUUAGAUCUAUUUUACCUUAUGAUCGCUGGAGACAAAUGUGAAACCAGUCAUAUGGCAGCAAACUGAAGCAUAUCAACAUAUCACCUUUUCCACAGGGACAUUUAUGAAAUACUGGCCUUAUAACCUUGCAGGGAUUAAAUUUGGCGACCCAAGCUAUAGGCUUCUGUAGCCAUGAGCAAAUGACAUUAUAACUCCAAACCUACUGAGUUGAUUUAUGAUUUCUAUAAUAUUUUAAUUAUAUGUCCGAAAUUAUCGGUAGCUUUUCUUUCGUUCGUGUGGUUGUUCCUGAGGAUUGCAAGCAAUAGGGGAUCAUAUUAGGCUAACGUAUUACAAGUGCAAUAAUUUAGGACAUUUAGCCUAUUUGAAUCGGUAUGGAAUGCAGACCAUACGUAGCAGUUUAAACCUGGAGCUUGGUGAAUGGUUCACGACGUCUUGGCUGUUGUCAUCACAGUUCCAUGAUUAGUGAGGAUUAUUAGGGUAGAUUUAUAAGACUACUGUUCAACCCCUAUCGUACACUUUUCUCACCUUCCAAUAUUUAAUGGAUUGAACAAUUGAAUAUGUCAACUUUCAGGAUGAAUCAAACCACUGUAUUUUUGAAUCACCAAUAUAUUUUGUGUAUAAAUACUUUCCUAACCCUAAAUAAUAUACAAGUUCAGAGUAUUUUUUUACCUACCAAUUGGAGCUGAAAAGGAGAUGAAUAUGCGUGUAUUUAAAUGGCUUUCUUUCAUUGAUCCUAAUAUUCGGAACUGUUCUCUCCAUAUAUUCUAGUGAGUCUGUCGAAAAAAUUAUAAUUAAAGGUACACCAAAUUUAAAGGGAUGGCUUUAGAUAAAUGUCCUGAAACCCCUACUGAAUGAAAACUCCACGAGAAAAUCUAUUGGCCAGCAAGUGGGAGGGUUUUCCAGCGGUUGAAUUACAUUUAUUCAGCGCGAGCAAGGGAACCACGCCUGUAAAGCCUGUUACACAACUGCAUAAGGUAAGUCUGAAUACCAACAACUGAGAAGUGCGUAGGAAAGGCGUACAAUUCCUAAGUCUGAAUCGGGCCUAAAGAGAUACGAGUAGUGCAUGUCUUUAUCGCACUGCAGGGUACCGAACCCAAUGUCAUAUAAUGCGAAAAGGAUACCACCCACACCCAAGUGAGGAAAGAAAUAGAAUAGGAAAUGAAGCUGAAACCCUUCUUACUAUUUAGGCUAAAUUAAAGAGCAACAGAGUUACAUUUUAUGUUUUUUUUAAUUUAUUUAUUUAUUUCACCUUUAUUUAACCAGGUAAGCCAGUUGAGAACAGGUUCUCAUUUAUAACUGCGACCUGGCCAAGAUAAAGCAAAGUAGUGCAAUAAAAACAACACAGAGUUACAUAUGGGGUAAAAAAACAUAAAGUCAGAAAUACAACAGACAAUAUAUAUACAGUGUGUGCAAAUGUAGCAAGUUAUGGAGGUAAGGCAAUAAAUAGGCUAUAGUGCAGAAUAAUUACAAUAGUAUUAACACUGGAAUGCUAGAUGUGCAAGAGAUGAUGUGCAAAUAGAGAUACUGGGGUGCAAAAGAGCAAAAUAAAUAACAAUAUAGGGAUGAGGUUGUUGGGUGGGCUAAUUUCAGAUGGGCUGUGUACAGGUGCAGUGAUCGGUAAGGUGCUCUGACAACUGAUGCUUAAAGUUAUUGAGGGAGAUAAGAGUCUCCAGCUUCAGAGAUUUUUGCAAUUCGUUCCAGUCAUUGGCAGCAGAGAACUGGAAGGAAUGGCGGCCAAAGGAGGUGUUGGCUUUGGGAAUGACCAGUGAGAUAUACUUGCUGGAGCGCAGACUACGGGUGGGUGCUGCUAUGGUGACCAAUGAGCUUAGAUAAGGCGGGGAUUUGCCUAGCAGUGAUUUAUAGAUGGCCUGGAGCCAGUGGGUUUGACGACGAACAUGUAGUGAGGACCAGCCAACAAGAGCGUACAGGUCACAGUGGUGGGUAGUGUAUGGGGCUUUGGAGACAAAACGGAUGGCACUGUGAUAGACUACAUCCAAUUUGCUGAGUAGAGUGUUGGAGGCUAUUUUGUAAAUGACAUCGCCGAAGUCAAGGAUCGGUAGGAUAGUCAGUUUUACGAGGGCAUGUUUGGCAGCAUGAGUGAAGGAGGCUUUGUUGCGAAAUAGGAAGCCGAUUCUAGAUUUAACUUUGGAUUGGAGAUUCUUUAUGUGAGUCUGGAAGUUGAGUUUACAGUCUAACCAGACACCUAGAUAUUUGUAGUUGUCCACAUACUCUAGGUCAGACCCGUCGAGAGUGGUGAUUCUAGUCGGGUGGGCGGGUGCUAGCAGCGUUCGAUUGAAAAGCAUGCAUUUAGUUUUACUAGUGUUUAAGAGCAGUUGAAGGCUACUGAAGGAUUGUUGUAUGGCAUUGAAGCUCGUUUGGAGGUUUGUUAACAAAGUGUCCAAUGAAGGGCCAGAUGUAUACAAAAUGGUGUCGUCUGCGUAGAGGUGGAUCUGAGAGUCACCAGCAGCAAGAGCGACAUUGAUAUACACGGAGAAAAGUGUCGGCCCAAGAAUUGAACCCUGUGGCACCCCCAUAGAGACUGCCAUAGGUCCAGACAACAGGCCCUCCGAUUUGACACACUGAACUCUAUCUGAGAAGUAGUUGGUGAACCAGGCGAGGCAGUCAUUUGAGAAACCAAGGCUAUUUAGUCUGCCAAUAAGAAUGCGGUGGUUGACAGAGUCGAAAGCCUUGGCCAGGUCGAUGAAGACGGCUGCACAGUACUGUCUAUUAUCAAUCGUGGUUAUAAUAUCGUUUAGGACCUUGAGCGUGGCUGAAGUGCACCCGUGACCAGCUCGGAAACCGGAUUGCAUAGCGGAGAAGGUACGGUUGUAUUCGAAAUGGUCGAUGAUCUGUUUGUUAACUUGGCUUUCGAAUACUUUCGAAAGGCAGGGCAGGAUGGAUAUAGGUCUGUAGCAGUUUGGAUCUAGAGUGUCACCCCCUUUGAAGAGGGGGAUGACCGCGGCAGCUUUCCAAUCUCUGGGGAUCUCAGACGUUAUGAAAGAGAGGUUGAACAGACUAGUAAUAGGGGUUGCGACAAUUUCGGCGGCUAGUUUUAGAAAGAAAGGGUCCAGAUUGUCUAGCCCAGCUGAUUUGUAGGGGUCCAGAUUUUGCAGCGCUUUCAAAACAUCAGCUGUCUGAAUUUGUGUGAAGGAGAAGCGGGGGGGGCAUGGGCAAGUUGCAGCAGAGGGUGCAGAGUUGGUGGCCGGGUUAGUGGUAGCCAGAUGGAAAGCAUGGCCAGCUGUAGCAAAAUGCUUGUUGAAAUUCUCGAUUAUUGUAGAUUUAUCGGUGGUGAUAGUGUUUCCUAGCCUCAGUGCAGUGGGCAGCUGGGAGGAAGUGCUCUUAUUCUCCAUGGACUUUACAGUGUCCCAAAACUUUUUGGAGUUAGUGCUACAGGAUGCAAAUUUCUGUUUGAAAAAGUUAGCCUUUGCUUUCCUGACUGCUUGUGUAUAUUGGUUCCUAACUUCCCUGAAAAGUUGCAUAUCGCGGGGGCUAUUUGAUGCUAAUGCUGUACGCCACAGGAUGUUUUUGUGCUGGUCAAGGGCAGUCAAGUCUGAGGAGAACCAGGGGCUAUAUCGGUUCUUAGUUCUGUAUUUUUUGAAUGGGGCAUGUUUAUUUAAGAUUGAGAGGAAAUUACUUUUAAGGAACAACCAGGCAUCCUCUACUGACGGAAUGAGAUCUAUAUCCAUCCAGGAUACCUGGGCCAGGUCAAUUAGGAAGGCCUCCUCGCUAAAGUGUUUUAGGGAGCGUUUGACAGUGAUGAGGGGUGGUCGUUUGACCGCAGACCCGUUACGGACGCAGGCAAUAAGGCAGUGAUCGCUGAGAUCCUGGUUGAAGACAGCUGAGGUGUAUUUAGAGGGUAUGUUAGUCAGGAUGAUAUCUAUGAGGGUACCCAUGUUUAAGGAUUUAGGGUUGUACCUGGUAGGUUCGUUGAUAAUUUGCGUGAGGUUGAGGGCAUCUAGCUUGGAUUGUAGGAUGGCUGGGGUAUUAAGCAUAUCCCAAUUUAGGUCACCAAGCAGUACAAACUCAGAGGAUAAAUGGGGGGCAAUCAAUUCACAUAUGGUGUCCAGGGCACAGCUGGGGGCUGAGGGGGGUCUGUAGCAAGCGGCAACAGUGAGAGACUUAUUUCUGGAAAGGUGGAUUUUUAGAAGUAGAAGCUCAAACUGUUUGGGCACAGACCUGGAUAGUAUGAUAGAGCUCUGCAGGCUAUCUCUACAGUAGAUUGCAACUCCACCCCCUUUGGCAGUUCUAUCUAGACGGAAAAUGUUAUAGUUGGGGAUGGAAAUUUCAGAAUUUUUGGUGGCCUUCCUGAGCCAGGAUUCAGACACUGCUAGAACAUCAGGGUUGGCAGAGUGUGCUAACGCAGUGAAUAACUCAAACUUAGGAAGUAGACUUCUGAUAUUUAUGUGCAAGAAACCAAGACUUUUGCGAUUACAGAAGUCAUCAAAUGAUAGCUCCUGGGGAGUAGGAGUGAUACUGGGGGCUACAGGGCCUGGGUUAGCCUCUACAUCACCAGAGGAACAGAGGAGGACUAGAAUAAGGAUACGGCUAAAGGCUUUAAGAACUGGCCUUCUAGUGCGUUGGGUACAUAGAAUAAAGGGGACAGAUUUCCGGGUGUUAUAGAAAAGAUUCAGGGCAUUAUGUACAGACAAGGAUAUGGAAGGAUAUGAGUAAAGUGGAGGUAAACCUAAGCGUUGGGUAACAAUGAAAGAGAUAGUAUCUCUAGAGGCAUCAAUUGAGUCGGUCUCUGAGUGUAUGGGCGGAGGGACAAAGGAGCUAACUAAGGCAGGUUUAGCUAGGCUGGGGGGUCUACAGUGAUAUAGUACAAUUAGAAAUAACCGAAACAACAAUAAACUAACCAUGUUUGGGCUGAGGCUAAACAUAAACAGGAUGUAGUACCGUAAAAAGGAACAGUCCAGCAGAUAUCAGCUGUAUAGCUGAGUUAUCAUAAGGUCCGGUGGUGAAGCGCUAGUGAGUAAGAGGCCACGGCUAGCGUGUGCUACGUCCGUUUUGUUGUAGCCAGCUGGUAGCGAUGAAUCCGGAGUUAAAGGUCCAGUGAUUCAGUGAUUCCGGCGGAAAAAACUGAUAUGUUCUGGGUCGAUAACGCGCUGUGCAGACUGGCCGAAUAUCCGGUGAUCAAUGUCCAGUGAUUAAAAAUUAAUCCCGCGGAAAAAAAUCCAAUAUUCUGGGUGCAACACCGCUAGCUGUGGCUAAUAGCAAGUAGCUAGUUCAGUAGCUAGUUCAGUUUAGUGAGUAAGAGGCCACGGAUAACGUGUGCUAACGGGCCAGGGCUAGCAGAUGGAUGGAAUCUUCGUGGUUAACGUCGUAACCACAUCAGACGAUUUCGUCGGCAGACCAGUCGUGUAGGAUCGGCGGGGCUCCGUGUCAACACUAGGUGGUCCCGUCCGGUUGAUAGAGAGGUAGAUAGCCGGGAGAUGGGCCUAGCUCGGGAUGAUUAGCCAGACCACAGCGUCCGUUUUGUUGUUGUUGUAGCCAGCUGGUAGCGAUGAAUCCGGAGUUAAAGGUCCAGUGAAUCAGUGAUUCCGGCAGAAAAACUGAUAUGUUCUGGGUCGAUAACGCGCUGUGCAGACUGGCCGAAUAUCCGGUGAUCAAUGUCCAGUGAUUAAAAUUAAUCCCGCGGAAAAAUCCAAUGAUCUGGGUGAAACACCGCUAGCUGUGGCUAGUUAGCUGGCUAGCUAGUUUCAACUGGAGAUUCUAGAUUCUAGAUAAAAGGUAAGUCAAUAAUAGAAUCCGUUCCACAUUGAGUGAGGCGGGUUGCAGGAAAGUAUAUUUUGUAGAAGGAUGAAAAGUCUGAUAGGGAAAUAUGUACGAAAAAUACAAAAAAAAACAGGGUAUUUACAGGCUAUUUACAGACACACGACAGAAACAGGACUGCACUACUUCGCCAUCACUACUUCGCCACUCUUUACAUUACUGACUGAUGUCUUUCAGAUCCCCAUCACUAGGCAAAGGAGCUGGCCAUUUACAUUGACUUAUUAUCACUGACCAAUGACGUAGAAAGGAAGAACUGCUUUUCAGCGAUUACAGUCUAAUCCGUUAAAUGUAUUUCACACGUUGGAAAAACUAAAUUGGGUAAAUUACCAUUUACCUAAGCAUUUGCUUCACUGUCUGUCUGUAGUGUGUUUAAGUGAUUCGAUUGAAUCGAUGAAUGUACUUAGCUCUCACUAAUGGCGCUCAGCUUCAUUAUCACUGAAAACAGCCCCCUGACCUGUGCUGGAACAGAACUACUGUAAUACCUUUUCUCAACGACUUCAUCAAGGGACUGUAAAAUUAACUCAUAACAAGUAAUCUUUUUUUGUGUGUAAUAUUUACCUCCCCAAUUUCGUGAUUGCGAUCUUGUCUCAUCGCUGCAACUCCCCAACGGGCUCGGGAGAGGAGAAGGUCGAGUCAUGCGUCCUCUGAAACAUGACCCAAGUAAAGCCCCCCCCCCCCCCGGCCAAACCCUCCCCUAACUCGGAUGACGCUGGGCCAAUUGUGCGCCACCCUAUGGGAUUCCCGGUCAAGGCCGGUAAUGACACAGCCUGGGAUCGAACCUCAGGCUGUAGUGACGCCGCAACACUCUGCGAUGCAGUGCUUUAGACAUCUACACCACUCGAGAGGCCACAAGUCAUCUUUUCAUAGAUAUGUAUUCAAUUCAGCAAGUUUCAUUUUUGGAGUGACAUCUAUUUAAUAGUAAUGUCCAUAUUUAAAGGCCUGUCUUUUGCAUGACUCUUUUUUCCUCUGACUAAACUGACGUGCCUGCUUUAACAUUGAGUUAAUUUAGCAAUGAGUCAUAAGAUAGCAGAUUUAGCUUUCAGAAUAAGGUACAUUGAAAUGAUACAGCUGAUGGGUAUAUUGUUUGUGAAAGUAUAGCAUAGCUAACCUUUCUUUUGAGCUUGACAUGUUAGAUAGAGUAUUCCUAUUAGCUGCCUUUACUGGUUGGAUGUAUCAUCAACAGAUGAUUUAGAUAGAUUGAUUAGAUUUACUUAUGCACAUAAGUAGAUUAAUUUAUCUCGCAUACACGCUGAAACAAAUGCACCAUUCUCCUCAGUAUACAGUGCAAUGACUCAGCUUACAGUUAAUAUGCUGAAGAAGAUGAGGGCUGCCAUGUUGAGAACAGAGCACGUAGACACUGCUCUGGUUUCUUUUGAUGUGAUAAGAUGUGGGCUAAAAUACAAGAAGAAGAUAUUUCAUAUGUCAAACCAAUUUUUGUUGUUGUUGAUGUCAUUGAUUUGCUGUCACUAUGUCAUUGACCCCAUAGCUUCAUCACUAAAAGCGUCCACAUGUACAGACUCCAAUGGAAUCGCUUGUUUGGGCUAAUUUCAGGCUUAGAAAAUAACAAAUUGAAGGGCCAGACUCUCUGAGAAGUUAAUGGAUUUGAAAUGCCGGCUCAUUGUAAACAUAUGCACGUUCUGUACGUGGAAAAUGAAUGAUAGAGCCAUUAUGACUUGCUGCAUUAUAAUAGCAUGAUACUUCAAUGCAAAAUGCUCCAUAGAGCAUGAUCUGAUCUAUUCUAUACUGCACCUGUAGAGCCUUGACUAUUCUGACUACAAUACAAAUCAGUGUUUUACUUUAUAGGAGCAAUUCAACCCCAACGGACACAGAGAAACAAAGUAGUUAAAUGUUGUUUCAAUUUGAAUCAGAUUCCCAGCUAUGCAGGUAUGUAGGCAACCUUUAAGGUGUUCCAACUCUUGAGCAGAUGUAUUUUCGAAAGAUAUGGCAUUUCACUCACAAUUUGUGCAUAAUUAACAUAUAAUUGCAGAGUGGGCUAUGCUCUCUGUUUGUCUAAAAUGGUAGCUUUGAAUCCCUUUGACAAAACCAAUAAGUGAGAAAAACUAUAAAGAACAUUGCUGUGCUGACAACAAAAGUCUGAUGAACUGCCAAGCCCUGAUAUCUCUACCAGCAUCAAAGCUGUCCUAAGUUGCCCUCUAAAGACCAAAAACUUUUCAAUGUGCUUCCUGCCAGUAACGGUUCUACAUUCAAUAUUUCCAAUUUAAAGAAAUAACUAACUGAAGGCGACGUUUUUUUGCCCCCCGGACUUGUCUGAUCUAUGCUCAGGAGCUGAGCAAUUACAUACUUUUAAAUGGUUUAUUCAACUCAGAGGGAAGGUGCUGGCUUAGACCUGGUUGUAUUAUAUUUUUACUUCAUGGCUUUGAAUAACAGGACACUGCCACACCAGUCACCAGUCAGUAGAGGAUUUGAGUAUCAGGGCUUUGUUACACUACAAUAGUGUAUAAAACCCUUGGUAACUACGGACAGUGAAUAAAUGUCACUUAUUAGAAAGUCGUUAAAAUAAGUGAAGGCCAAUAGUCUCUUUCUAUGCCUAAGAGAAAAAAGUGAAACACAUUGGAAAUGUCAAUUGAAAAUAAUUUGUCCUCAACGCUUUAGUCACUUUUGGGUUUUCUCUCCUGUUUCUGUCCAGCUGCUGCCUUACCUGCAGUCCAAUCUAACAGGAUUCAAGAAGCUAGAGAUUCUUAACUUCAGGAAUGGCAGCAUUGUAGUCAACAGCAAGAUGAAGUUCACCAAGUCAGUGCCAUACAACGUGACCCAGGCUGUCCACUGUGUCCUGGAAGACUUCUGCAACGCUGCUGCCAUGAGACUCAACAUUGAGAUUGACAGUCACUCUCUAGACAUAGAGCCUGGUAUGAGACGAGGCCCUGGUUGUGUCCUAAAUGGCACCCUAUUCCAUUUAUAGUGCACUACUUUUGACUAGGGCCCAUAGAUAGGGAAUACAGUGCCAUUUCAGACGCAGACCAUGUUUCACUGCAGAGUGUUGCACUCAUUUCAAGAGGUUUACCGAAUAUGAAAUACAUAACAAAUAUACAGUAGUAACAGUCUAAUGAAUAAAAACAUGUUUUGCACUGAGACUAUGACAGCUAUAAAGAAUAAAGCACUUUUACCGUAGACUAAGUUGGUGAGAGUGUAAAAUCUAUUGAAUGUUAUGGGCCAUCAAUGCUAGACUUUUCAGUAGCUAAAGUGCUAAACCUUCAAAUUCAAUGCAGACAGAAAGCUGAGGAAGACCUCAUUAAAAUCAAAUCAAACACUUUUGACUACCUCCCUGAGAAAAAAGAUUGUUAAAAAGGGGGAAAAGACAGCUUCACAGCUACUUUGGUAUUUCAUGAAAACUUCCCCCUUCCUCAUCCUUUUUUAACAGCUGAUCAAGCAGAUCCCUGUAAGUUCUUGGCAUGCAACGACUUCUCUCACUGUGUGGUGAACCGAUGGUCUCGGGAGGCUGAGUGUCUCUGUGACCCGGGGUACAUGACGUUGGACGGCCUGCCCUGUCAGAGUAUCUGUGUCCUGCAGCCUGACUACUGCCAGAACGGGGGCCAUUGUGAGAUAGUACCAGGGCAUGGAGCCACUUGCAGGUACCUUAGAAUACUUGAACAUAUAGGAAACAUUGCAGUAUGUUUCUAUACAUGA